GUUCUCUGAUCCCCAAACCCUCUGGUCUCUUUAGAGAGUGAUUGCCGGCAUGGAGGAUGAGAAGGCAGCCCUCACCUUGGCCAUGGCUGACCGGCUGCGAGACUACCAGGAGCUCCUACAGGUGAAGACUAGCCUCAGCCUGGAGGUGGCCACCUACCGGGCGGCAGAGACAGUCACCCCGGUGGGGACGCUGUUCCAGGGCUGCAGUGGCUGCCACCAUGAAUUCAGAAAAACUCCCUAUCAAUACAGCACCUCAGUGUUACAGAGGGAAAACGAGAGAAACCUCUUUCCAAGGCAGAAGGCGCCCUCCGCGACCUUUCAUCACAGCGUGGCGCCGCGUUCUAACCUGCCGGCUCGGCCAGGAUCUCCAAAGGCCAUGGGAAGCGCUGCCAGAAGAGGCCUCCUGAGCUCCGGAGCCACCUCCUUUACAACCACCCGCCUGGAAAACGCCUAUGAAAAAACUGCCAGCCGUCAAAGCAACCUCAGAACUUUCUCUCCAACCCCUGAUCUUUUAAGAAGUACUGAAGCUCAAGUGAGAACUGAAGGGACAAAGGAUGCCCCCGCCAGCUCAGCCAGAGAGUCCCCUCUUGCCCGAAAGCCCUACCAGGAGCGCUGGGACCACGUGACGGCAGGGGCUUCCAAAAGCACUUGGUCGAAUGAGAGGACCGUCUUUUUGGGAAAGGAAACAGAAGCUGAAGCCACGAGGGAGCAGGAGAGAGGCAGACCGGGAACCAUCCAAACAAAGCGAGAAGAGAAAAUGUUUGAUUCCAAAGAGAAGGCUUCAGAGGAAAGAAACCUAAGGUGGGAAGAACUGACGAAGUUAGAUAAAGAAGCCAGAAAGCGAGAAAGCCAGCAAAUGAGGGAAAGGGCCAAAGAGAAGGAGUCACUGAAGGAGAAAAGUGUGAGGGAGGGAGAGAUACCGAUCAGUCUGGAAGCCUCCCCGGGCGGCAGCCCAGAGGUGGCCCCGCAAGGUCCCCAGGUGCCCCUGCAGAAGGACGCUGGUGAAGGGACAGGUAGACGGGUGGAAACAAGGGAGGCUGGGUUCAGGCUGAGCACCAGUGACACCACAGGCUCUCUGAAAGGCGACUCCAUGACCGAGACCAUAGCCGAAAACAUCGUGUCCAGUAUCCUGAAGCAGUUCACCCACUCCCCCGAGACAGAAGCAUCAGCCAGUGCUUUUCCAGACACAAAAGUCACUUACGUGGACCGGCAAGAGCUCCCCGGAGACGGGAAAACAAAGACUGACAUAGUCGUGGAGUCGAAACUGACUGAGGAAGUUGAUGUUUUGGAUGAAACGGGCCUGGACUACCUCUUAAACCAGGGUACUAAGGAGGUGGGGCUGAAAGGGAAGUCAGCUGAGCGGGUGAUCGGAGAUAUAAUCAAUCUCGGGCUGAAAGGGAGAGAGGGGAGGGCGAAGGUGGUCAACGUGGAGAUCAUUGAAGAGCCCAUGAGCUAUGUCGGGGGUGAGAAGGCGGCUGAGUUUUCUACCCCAUUCCAGGUGGAGGAGGUGGAAGAUGCGUCUCCGGGCUCCAAGGGGCUUGUCGAGGAGGAGGAAGGUUAUGAAGAAGCGGAUGUCACGUUCUCAGGGAGUCGACAUAAAAAGGCUCGGCCGCCCCAAGAGGACGUAACUCACGUUGAAGAAGUGAUGGAGGCAGGUGACUCGGAGGGAGAGCAGAGUUAUUUCGUGUCGACCCCGGAUGAACAGCCCGCGGGGCGCGAUGGAGACGAAGGCUCCGUGUAUGGGCAGAUCCACAUUGAAGAGGAAUCCACCAUCAGGUACUCCUGGCAGGAUGAAAUUGUGCCGGGGUCUUGGAGAAGAGGCAAUAAGGACGAAGCGCUGGGAGAGAAGGUUGUGAAGCCACCGGAUGUUCCAGAACCAUUUCUGGAGGGGGACCUGGGUUCUACUCACUGGAAAGAGCAGACUAGGAGUGGUGAAUUUCAUGCCGAACCCAUAGUCAUUGAAAAGGAAAUUAAGAUACCACAGGAAUUCCACACGUCCAUUAAGGAAGGCUUCAAGGAGCCCAGACACCAGCUGGUGGAGGUCAUCGAGCAGCUGGAAGAAAGCCUCCCGGAACGCAUGAAGGAGGAGCUGUCUGCCCUGACCAGAGAGGACCAGGGCGGGGCCGAGGGCGUUUCUGUGGACGUAAAGAAAGUCCAGACCGCAGGUGGUGGGUCUGUGACCUUAGUUGCCGAAGUCAACCUCUUGCAGACUGUCGAUGCCGACCAAUUAGACCUGGAGGAGCUGAGCAAGGAUGAGGCGGGUGAGAUAGAGAAGGCGGUGGAGGCGGUGGUACGGGACAGCUUGGCCAAGCGGCAUAGCCCGGCACCUGGGAGCCCAGACGAGGAGGCCGGAGCGGAGGCCCCGGCUGCCGGCUUCCGCUUCAAGCGCUGGGCCACCCGGGAGCUGUACAGCCCCUCUGGUGAGGAUGCCCACGCCGGCCCCGCCUCUCCCGGCCUAGAGCAGGUUGCUUCCCAGGGCCCGGUGUCGGCCACCGUGGAAGUCACCAGCCCAAGGGGCUUUGCCCAGUCACAGGUGCUAGAGGACGUCACUCAGUCUGUAAGGCACGUUAAAAUAGCGCCCCCUGGAAUUUGGAGGACUGAGCAAGUCUCACCCGAAGGACCCACUGCACAAGUGGUGGAGGUAAGUGGGGAAAGCGACCUGAGUCGGGCAGCGAGCUCGGCGGGAGCCAGCUGGUCUGCGAGGCACUUUCCUUUGGGUCCCGAUCAAAGUCAAGUGUCCACAGAAGUCGUCUUCCAGGGGCCUGUCCCUGCCUGUCCCGAGGCAGGGGAUGCAGAAGAGCCUGGCCCGUCAGAGCUUUCCACUGACGCCGACAGAUCGGGGAGGCACAGCUCAUUUGACUCCAGACAGUUUCAUGCUAAGAGGGAGAUAAUUUUUCAGGCCCCCAUUUCUGGGACAGGGAAGGCUGGUGAUCAUUUUCAAACAGAAGAGUCAGCGGGUACCCAGACCUCUGUAACGCACCUUCAGUUAGGCCCUAGGGAGGGGUUCAGUGAGCAAAUCCAGCUCACAGCCCCCCUUUCAGAGCAGGUGGAGUUGGAGGUCAGAGAAACUUCUGUGGACACUGAAGCGUGGACAGGGAGUGGCACGUCCACCAUGCAUGUCAGAGUCGGGUCUCAGAGGCACCAAACCACCGAGCAGAUAGUUCCCCCGCCCUGGGAAUUUAGCGACUCAGAAAGCAGUGCCCACAGCGAGGGCGGGGCGGAUGUGAGCCAGGCCACCCGCAGUUACACCGUGGGGAGGAAAAUCCUGAUGACUGAAAGGAGCACCUUCCAAGGGGCUGGGUCUCCUCAGGAGACCAGCGUGGGAGACACGUCUGGGGUGGAAGUGACAUCGGGCAUGAGCAGGUCCUUUAGGCACAUUCAGCUGGGCCCCGCAGAAACCCAAACCUCUGAGCACAUUGUCUUCCACGGACCAGUCUCCACAGCAUUUGCCCUUGCUGGCUCGGGAGGCUCCCCUGAGCUAGGCGAGGUGGCAGAUGGCAGCAGAACAGUAAGGCAUGUUGCACUGGGGCCCAAAGAAACCUCAUUUACCUUUCAGAUGGACGUGAGUAAUGUAGAGGCGACCCCCCGCUGGACACAAGAGGCCACAGUCCUCUUUCCCCAAGGGACGGAAGCAGAAGCUUGUAGCGAGUCUGACCGUGGUGCUUGGAGAGAUGCCGGCAGUAGGAAUGACCUGGCAGCCGGCGCGAGCUUUCAGGGCUCUGCUUGGGACAGACACCAGGCCGCCAGGGAAAAGGGCAAGGAGCAGGCUGAGUUUGAUAAGACGGUGCAGCUACAGAGGAUGGUAGACCAGAGGUCUGUGAUUUCGGAUGAAAAGAAGGUUGCCCUCCUGUAUCUAGACAAUCAGGACGAAGAGAAUGAGGGACACUGGUUCUGAUGAACAGAUGCUGUGUUUUAUAUGCUGUCUUACUUGGUAGCAACCAACACACAAAGGCCUUUACUUCUUUUGAGGGAGGGAGGCUCACUCUUUAUUAAAACCUCCCCCUGUUUUUACUUUCUUCAAAGAGUGCUCCAGGCAAUGUCAAUUUGCUUUAUAAUCUGUAAAGUUUUCAAACUAAUUCGUGCCUUAAAAGGUGUUGGAAUUUUAUUGAGUUGGGACUUUGACAAAAAAAAUCUUUUUUUAAUCUUUUUAGUCUUAAAAGUUCCUUUCUCUGGAGUUUUCUUUCUACUCCUAGAGACGAUUUCUACCCCUUUUGCACCUGGUCACAGAAGUGCCUCGCAUUCUGUUUGAAGCUAUAUUUAACUAUCUAGGUAAGUUACGAGAUUAAAGUAACUAACAAGAUUAAAGUAAAACAUACAUUAAAUAUAUAAGAGUAAAUUUUAUUUGCAUGUGCCAAUAUGAAAUAGUUAACUAACAUCUUAAGGGAAAAAUGAACACAUUUUUCUCUGUCUGAAGUCUUCAAAAAGAAAUCAUAGGAAAUAAGCAGAUUAAAGAAAAAAAAUCUAAGUGAUUUCAUCUUUAGGAAAAAGUUACUUAUCACAGAGUUAAAUUCAUUUUAAGACUUGAGUGAAUUGCUUUCUAUGUGCAGAACUUUAAAAAAUAUAUAUAGUAUUUUAUUUAUGGAGAGGAUAGCUCCCGUCUAGCACAGGGUUUCCAGUCAGCACACUUGCUGUGUUUACACGGGCUCUUGGAAACCUGUAGUGGGUCCGGAAGGAGCCAGGAGGUGGUCAUUAUGGAGAAUCGCUUACAGUACCAGUUUUUUAUGGAACUAGGUCAUUAAGUAGUGCACAGUCUAAAUAAAUAGUUUCCUUCAUUAUAACCUUUAGAGUAGCCAGCUCUCGUCAGAGUAUAUUUGAGCUUUCCUGCACCUUAGCCCUUAGCAUCGAAACAGGCAGUUGUACUGAUGGGAGGCAGACCCUGAAGAUAGUAAGAAGGACGUUGAUGCCACGUCGAGACCAUGGCUGGACUCGAGGGACGCUCACGCACAGUCAGGUUGGAAGCCCAGGAAGAUGGGAUGGAGGCCUUUCUGAGCUCGAAGAGUUAAGAGAUGAAACAUGGCAACCAACGUCACGGAGGUUUUUGCACUUUUGACAGAAGUCGUCAGAGUUGGGGUGUUUUGUCCAGGGACACAAAUAAUACAUUAAAUAGAAUAAGAUGUUUUGGGGAGGGAACUGGGUGCCCCUCCUGCCCCCCAACCCCGAAGCCCCCAGGGAGGGCCCUGGGGGAGGGCAGAGGACCUCCUCUCCUGGGCUGCAGAGUGUGGACCUGCAGACAUGCACCACUGAGUCUAAGAUAGGACAGUGAGUGGCUCUGUUGGACACAAGGGUAUUGUUUUUAAAGCUUCUAUCUUUAAAGGUGUAGCAUCACAUAAAAAUAGUACUUCUAGCAGCACAGUGUUAUUCUAACCCAGACUAGUUCCUUUCACAUGAUGUCUAAACCAUACUUCCUCUAACACAGUGUCGUAGAACCACCUGGUUAGGGCACUGAGGGGUAACAAUCGAGGGGUUGCUGUCCUCAGGUAGGUUAUGAUGCUGGGCGGCAUGGCGGGUCGGAGGGAGGUAUGGAAUUUGAGGGUCUUCCUCUGCGUUUCACACGAUGGCCCUCACGCCCCCCCGCCCAGAUGCGUAUCUCCUUAGCGGCCAGGAGUGGUGACAGCGGGUAGUUUAGGGAGAGUGUGUUUUCCUAAUCGAACGUGGAGGUUAAAUGCAGCACAGCUUUCAGGAUGAUCUAUUUUAAAAACACCGUGAAGCAGGGUAGAGAAAGAAAGUUGAUCUGAACUGCGAGCGGGAACCUUUGUUACCUGCCAAAUGAACUCGCUGGUGAUUGUGACAAGUUGGUACAGAGGUGACGGCUUUGCCAACAAAGACUUCUCGUUUCUAAUAGAAAGGUGAGCUGAUUUUAUGUUAGUGGUAGCUAGUGAAUGGUAUUUGUAUAAGUGAUUUAUUGGUGAGAAUUUGGUCAAGGUGACAGCCUACUGUUUUGAUGAAAAGACUGAUGAUGGAGAGGAGUCCGUUAUGUGUGUCUAAGUGGGCUUCAUUUAAUAUCACUUAAUGAGUGCUAACGUGAAUAGGUUGUUUAUUUCACGGCUCACUUCCUUUGGAAAAUAAAUACCUUAGAUCUUAACUUUUAUCUCUGUGUUAGAACUCGUAUCUUCAGAAGCAUCCUGCCAAGAGUACUAGUACCGAGUCAUGAGCUGCCAUAUUACUCAGUCCCCGGAUCCCCCAGAGCAGGGUGCUCUGUGACAGUCACCCCAUGGCUCCGGUUCCUUAAAAACCAGUCACUCCGGAGACAACACAGUCGGCUUGGUGGGACAGGGUAAGGACACAGCCAGUCUUCUCAUGUUUAUUGCUGUGUAGACGAGAUGGUACCAAGGGACUGUUUUUCACCUUCCUGCUGGUUGUUUUGAUAUUGUUUGUUUUAAAAUGUAUAUUUAGAAUGGAAUCAUCUAAAGAGCUGAUCCUGCUAACCUCCUGUUCCCUACAAAGGGAAAUGUCAUAUGAAUGUGUAAAAAUAAAACUCUGAGAAAAAACAAACGCUCCACUUGUUCCUAAAGAGAAUGAAUGUUUUCCAGUAGGUGUUUUUGUGGUUUCUUUUAAAUCCUAAUGAAAGCA